UGUAUUUUCUCAACUUAGUUGUAUUAACUCUGGGUUCAGGAAUAAAUAUACUGUACUAAAUCCGACUGGAAGGUCGACAACGAGGCCACUUGUCAGUCGGUUUUGUAGCAGUGUCUAAUAUUGAACCGGGUUUCUGGUGUUUUUUCUUUGUAAAUACUGUUAUUUGUAUAUACUGUAAAUGAUGACGUCCAUGGGCGGGAACCGAGCCCGGGGCAGCUGGGAGCAGACACAGGGCCAGACACAGAGCCAGAUACAGCACAAGCAGAGGCCUCAGGCCACCGCAGAGCAGAUUCGACUCGCGCAGAUGAUUUCAGACCACAAUGAUGCAGACUUUGAGGAGAAGGUCAAACAGCUGAUUGACAUCACAGGAAAGGACCAGGAUGAGUCUAUGAUCGCCCUGCAUGAUUGCAAUGGAGAUGUCAACAGAGCCAUUAAUGUGUUGCUGGAGGGUAGCCCAGACACUGACUCUUGGGAAAUGGUGGGGAAGAAGAAAGGGGUGUCAGGCCAGAAGGAGGCUACCCAGGCAGAAACCAGAGAGGAAGGAAAAGAGAACAGGGAGAAAGGAGGAGAAAAAGAUGUAGCACGUCGUCGAGGUGGAGCUCCACGCAAGGGCCGUGGGGCCAGCAGGGGACGAGAAUUUCGUGGUCAAGAGAAUGGCUUAGAUGGCAGCAAGGCUGGAGUAGCUGGUAGAGGUGCAGAGCGAGGUCGAAGGGGAAGAGGCAGAGGAAGAGGGACUUUUGGAGUAUCCGGGCGGCGAGGAGGCAGAUUUUCAGCACAGGGCAUGGGCCAGAUUGAUAAGGAGCCCAGAUAUGAUAUUGCAGGAGGCGAGAGAACAUUCAAUCCUGCUGAUUAUGCAGAGCCAGGCCAGACAGAAGAAAACUAUGGAGGGGGCAGCACCUGGAACAACACAGGAAAUAUGGAGCUGGAAGAGGGAGCUAGGCUGGAAUACUCUGCAGGGGAGGGAACAAAUUACCCAGCCAAGUUUGACUCUGCUCCUGGUGCCUGGAGGACUGCCACAGAGGAGUGGGGCACUGAGGACUGGAAUGAGGAUCUUUCAGAGACAAAGAUAUUCACAGCUUCCAGUGUGGCAUCCAUGCCUCUGCCUCAAGAGAAUGUUACCAUCACCAAAGGACAGAGGAUUGACCUUGCAGUGCUCCUGGGGAAGACUCCCCCGUCCUCCGCAUCAGAGGCAGAAAAUCCCCCUAUGGAGGCAGGCCAGCCCACCUCCUUGUCUCAGUCACUUGUUUUCAGCAACUCCAAGCAAGGAGGGCCACUCUCUCAGACACCUUCCAGCACCCCCUACACCCAGCACAGCAUGGUCAGCAUUCUGAGCAAGGGCUUUGGGGAUGUGGGCGACCCUAAAGGAGGUAGCACGGGGACCACUGGCUCUCAGUUCCUGGAGCAAUAUAAAACGGCUCAGGCACUGGCCCAGCUGGCAGCCCAGCACUCCCAGGCUGGCCCUCCCAACACAACUCCUUCAUCCUGGGACACCAGUGCCACCUCACUGGGACAGUACGAAUUGAAGACUCAGCCAGAGUCAGCGGUCCAUACGCCCUUUACGAAGAGGCAGCCCUACCAGACUGCGUCUUCAACCUCGUCCAUGUUGGAUGUUUUCCUGCAGGACAAAGGCCUGCCUCCUUCUUCUUCCGUUUCCUCGUCUUCUUCCUUACCCCAACAAACAACAUCCUCUUCCCAUGUGACACCUUCCCCUGCUUCCUCUCUUCCCAAAAUGGCAGCAGUCCCUUCUCUAGGUCACCAAGUUUCUCCAAGUUCCUCAGAUGCACAGGGUUCAAGUCCACUGCCUUUGCAGCAACACAAACUCAAACAACAGAAGAAGAGAACUUCUAUGACAACAAAGAUUCCAGCAAUGGCAGUGGAGAUGCCGGGUUCAACAGACAUCUCAGGCCUCAAUCUUCAGUUUGGAGCACUGCAGUUUGGGUCAGAACCAGUUCUAACAGAGUAUGAGUCCACCCCUGCCACCACAACACCAGCCAGCCAAGUUCAAAACAGUCUCUACACUAGCCCUAGCAGUGAGUCGACUCCAGCUCUCUCCAACUCCAGCCAGAUGGACCUGUACGAUCAGAGAGCAUCUCAGACACGGCGUUACCCUCCUUCAGUCUCCUCCUCUCCUCAGAAGGAUAUGCAGCCCAAGAAUGGCUUCAGUUCAAUACAAGCAACCCAAGCUGUGGAAGCUGCAGCAGGUUCUGCAGUGUCAGUCAAGCCAGCCUCUGACUCCGUCACACCGGCAUCUGUCUCCAGCAUGGCCACUUUGACAGACAGUGGCUCAGGCCCUGCAUCCUUGUUGACAACAUCCAAUCAAACGUCCCUUAGUGCACUGGGGCAUGAAGACCUGCCUCCAAGCACUAUUCCUCCUCCUCAGCACAACAGCUCUCACCCAUCACAACAGAACAGUCUUGCUCCAUCUUCAGUCCGGGCAUCCAACUCAGGCUUACUGCAUCCCAGUGUAGACGGUGACUCAAGCCUGCACUCCUCUUCCUUCCCUUCCUCCGUCUCAGCCAUGCCAUCAUCAUCAGUCCCCUCCUCGUCUUCCUCGGUGGCCGCUGCUGCGCAGGUAGGGACCCCACAGGCCUCCACGGUGGGCUCUGCUGCAGUUUCAGCCCCUGCUGGACUUGGCCCCGCCACCAGUCUUACCAUGGGUCUCAACACUGCCUCCAUGGGUGCCCCACCUGCAGCAGCUGCUGCAGUUUCAGUCUCCACAACGGCUUCGACCAUUCCCUCUUCAGCUACUUCCUCAUCCACACGCAGCUCUGCAGCAUCCUCAGGGAAGGCACCUCCAAACCUGCCACCCGGGGUUCCCCCUCUACUGCCCAACCCAUACAUCAUGGCCCCAGGACUGCUGCAUGCCUACCCUCCUCAGGUGUAUGGCUAUGAUGACCUACAGAUGCUGCAGACAAGAAUACCGCUGGAUUAUUACAGCAUCCCCUUUGCAACUCCCACAACAGCAUUGACUGGCAGGGAUGGCAGCCUGACGAACAACCCUUAUUCUGGUGAUUUAUCAAAGUUUGGUCGAGGUGAUGCAUCAUCCCCUGCUCCAGCCACCACAUUAGCUCAGGCACAGCAGAACCAGACUCAGACACAUCACACCACACAGCAGCCCUUCCUCAACCCGGCGCUGCCACCUGGCUACAGCUACACAAGUCUCCCAUACUACACUGGCAUGCCGGGCCUUCCCAAUACGUUCCAGUAUGGACCUGCUAUGUUUCCGGUGGCUCCUACCUCGUCCAAACAGCACGGUGUGAAUGUCGGUGUCAGUGCAUCAGCCACCCCCUUCCAGCAGGCUAGUGGCUAUGGUUCCCAUGGAUACAGCACCGGCUAUGAGGAUGUGGGCCAGGCUUCAGGGAGUGGGGAUUUCUGUAAGGGCGGAUACGGCACUGCCGUGGCUGCUGCUGCUUCUGCACAAAACAAGCCAGCCAGCUCUGUCACCGGGCCAGGAGUCGGAGUCUCUGUAACGUCAAGCAACACAGGGGUACCGGAUAUUUCAGGGUCCGUUUACACAAAGACGCAGCAGCAGUCAUUUGAGAAGCAGGGUUUCCACACUGGCACGCCAGCAGCCUCUUUCAGUCUGCCCUCAGCUUUAGGAAGUGGGGGACCCAUCAACCCCCCAGCUGCUGCUGGCUAUGCCCCAGCCCCAUUCAUGCACAUCCUGGCACCACACCAACAACCCCACUCUCAGAUUCUGCACCAUCACCUGCAGCAGGAUGGACAGAGUGGCACUGGACAGCGCAGCCAGAAUGCCUCCAUCCAGCAGAAGUCCCAGAUCAAUAAAUCGGGAUAUAACAGCUACAACUGGGGGGCAAACUAACAUCUGCUGUGGGGGCGCCCCCCCCCCCCCCCCCCUUUGUACACA